CUUUAUAGCCGACCGAGUAUCAGACAGUGUCUUGGUUGGGAUCCGCUCAGACACGCCUCACAAAGUGUCACAGACGCCUGCUUUAAGCUUCAAAGGCGGCCGGCAGUCAUCUUUGUCCAGUUUGGAGCACCACCCCGAGAGAUCAUGGCCAAAGGCCGAGAGAGCUCCUCAGCAGCAGCAGCAGGAACAGCAACAUGUCAUCGAUACACAGGAGUCACCGCAAAAAGUCAGCACUUUUAGAAGUGCUCAGCACAGAAAUGUUAUGAAAGCUGAACCUCCAACGGAUCUUGAUCAUGAUCGCUUAAUGGCAAGGUAUCACUCCUGGGGGGCAAGAGAGAAACGCGAGUCACCAUCUGAAAGUAGGGAUUUUGAUAGAGGAUCUCUGAGACAGCGCUUGGUCAACACGGACCCAACGUCUACUACAACUGUGAAUGUGAGACCUAGCACAGUGAUUAAAGACACAAUGAGCUUAUCUCAGACAGAACUACGUCAGGAGUCAUUUGAGAUGAACUACGUCCCAAGCGGACACGUACUCACCAAUGCCUUUCGAACCCCAUUAACUGAUGGAGAGGAUUUCCGGUAUAGAGACGGCGUAUCUCAUGGGAUGGUACGGCAAGAUGCACUGAUAGACCGUACGAAGCUCAGACUGGUAUCACCGUCUGAUGCCCAUAUCACUCACAUAGACGGACUAGCACGACGUGAGCAAUAUCCGCCAAAACAUGCAGUACCUCCUAGACUAAGUGCAGAUAAUGUGACAACAGACCUUACUUCGUUCACAAAAGCUGAUGAAGGGGCCGAGGCCGUAUACCGAGAAAAAGUAUUGGGACGUCAGACAUGGCCCUCUUACCUUACGCCUAUCAAUGUGGAGCCCCCAGCGGGUAGAGACGCCAUUCUACCGAACCACCGUGCUCAAGCUCAGAAGUCAGCUGCUAUUCCAACGUAUACUUCAUCCUCAUCUGCUCCUUCUCCAACAUUAUCAUCCACAUCCUCUCUUACGAAUCAGCAAAAGAGUGAUGAUGUUACUAAUGUUAAGCCCUCAACAAUCCCUUAUAACCAAGAAGAAGACGAUGUACCCUGCAGCAUAUCAACACCAGUAGCGUCUAUGGCGACGGAUCCAGAAAUAUCGUCAUCUCAGUUCAGGUCUAAACUACGUGUUGGACAAGCAGGCUACUAUCGACAAGAAGAUCUACAGGGUCUAUACAGGGAAUGGGCCAAGACGGAAGACUGGAUGAGGAGAGACCCUCCAACAUCCUUACAGCAUGAGGGGCAGUUACUGUAUCCGAGAAGAGAUGCAUCUAGGGAUGGUAUUGUAACUAAGAGAGGUAGUCAUAACGGCCUUUACAAUUUGGACAGCUAUCAAACCAGCACAAAUGUCAACCGCAGUGGAGUAAACAAGGGAAAAGACGAGAUCAGAGGGCUUAAUAAUGUAGUAAAAGCGAAGCAGAACAGUGAUAGGAAGGGAAUAAGGAUGAGCCAAAAUGUGAAAGGAAAGGAAAAAAUAAGACGGCUGUCGCUCGUUGUAGAUGACGAAGUGGACUAUGGAGGGCCAACCAGACUGGAUCAUAAAGUGAAAGAGAAAGAUGAUUAUGUUAAUACAUCGCAAUGUGCCAGUGAAUUGGAUAGUGAGGAUGGUAGCCGACUGAAUUAUAAUUCGGACUUCAAUGAAUACGGUGGUUUGGUCAAAGAUGGAUAUUCGAACAAAGAUAAUGAGUCAGACCAUAGUUCGGACUAUAGUGCUGAGGGGAUCCGUGGAAGGGCUAGCUCAGAUAGUAAUAACCCUGGUGGAAACGUGGAUCGUCAGAUCAAAGGAAAAGAGAGGGUUGACAAUUUUUCCCAACAAUUCAUCAGCGCUGGCCUUCCGGUUAAUAAGGACGGUAAAGCUGCCCUUGGCGAUGGUGUGCGGCGACGAAGGCGUGAGAGCAAGAGUCAUCAAUGCGAUGUAUGCCAAAAACGCUUCUCGCGGCCUAGCCAGCUUAGAACACAUUUGUUCACGCACUCGGGCGAAAAACCGCACAUGUGCCCGCUAUGCCACAAACUCUUUAAUGUCGCCAGCAACUUAACGAGGCAUGUCCGCACGCACGGCAGCACCAAGCGCAAGUCCUCUCGUAUAGGAUCUAUAGUAUUUCGUAGUUUUGGACAUGGCUUUCAGACCAAGCAAGCUGGAAACAACAAUGCAGCCACAGGAGAAACCGUAUCUAGGACAGAUGGAAUGAUGUCUCGGCGUGCAUCUGCAUCAGCGAGCUCACAACCGCCCGAGAAGCUGCGGUGGAUGGUUGCUGAGACUCCUUUUUCUGGAUCACUUGCAGCGGAUCGCCGAACUAAGGUUGUCAAGCAGCAAAAGAAGGCGGAACAUGAAUUAAUGUCCUUGUAUGCUAAAGCAACCUUGUCAUCCCCCAAAUUGGGCCAACAACGACCAGACCCAGUUUCGUUAGCUCCAGUAUCCGUCCUUGACCCUAUCACCGCUUUAGUUACCACCGAUAAUAAAGUAAUGUCGACCGCAUCGUCUGCUACCAACGCCGCAGUCAAAACGCCUAAUAUAAUGAAGAUGGCUGUAACGUCCACCUUGAUGACGACAACAACAGCCAUUACCACCACCACUACUGUUGCUGCUGCAACUAGCACCGCCCUCCCCAGUAAUGAAAUGUCGGCACGAAACAUGAAUACAGAUCAUUCACAAAUAGCCACUUAAGUCGCACCUCCCCUCAGCAUCUCAUACUCUAGCAGCGGUGGCAGCAUCAUUGACUCUUCAAAUAGGCGGUAAAUUGUAGCUUUCAAAUUGAUUCAGAAAACGAAGGCUCAGGCAGGGUAUGGACAAGUCCAGGUAUUGUUUUUUAUUUUCUUUUUUUUUCAUUCAAGAUGCUGUAAAUAAAGUGGGGAUCAAAAAGAAAAGAAGAAGUCAAGUAUAAGUCACAUCUAUCAGAAAGUAAAGAAGGAAAGAAUAAAGAAAAGAAUAAAGAAGGAAG